UACUGUAUAUGAUGGCGCAUUUUCAGCUUUCACAUUUCCAUCUUCCGUUUCUUCUAAUGGCAGCUUUAUUAGAAUACAAAGUGGCUACGGAGAGAUCGUGUGAACAGCUUCAUCAGUUGAACAUCAGCCAUGUUCUGCAUGACAGCAUGUCUAUUUCUUGUUUAACCACAACCCACCCGCUGGAGUCUCUAACAGUGAAACUACACAAGAAUAACCCGGUUAAAGAAGUCUUGAUCUCUUCAGACAUCUCUUCGGCAUCAGAACACGAGCGAUGGUCUGUGAGGAAACAUGCUGGAAAUGUUCAACUUGAUCUGAAAGACAUCCAACUAACAGAUGAAGGCCUUUAUGACUGUGAGGUCUACAAACAUCAAGUCUGCCUUAACGCAACUCGGUUUGCCCUGACAGUCAAAGGAGAGAAUAAUAUUUCUGAAACAAUCAAAUCAUCCCAAGUUGUGUUAUUUAAUUUAGUUCCUCUGGUUUCAGAGUGUAAAAGGUUGGAGCCUGUCUCUGCAACAUUAGGCUCUUCAGUGCUGCUGCCAUGCUCUGAACAUCCUCAACAAUACACAACUGAUCAAGUCACUUGGAAAGUCAUUGAAGGUCACCAGUUAAUAGAUAUAACACAAUAUCGCUCAUCAUCCAAGACCUCAAGCAGUGCAGAGAAACUCCUGAAGCCUCUGUUUGAAAGAGCGAGACAACUAGAGAACGGUUCUCUGCUUUUAAGACAUUCAGUAACGGCUGAUGAACUGUGGUAUCAUUGCAGAGUGAAUGAAAAAACCUGCUAUGAAGUAAAGCUGCUGAUCAAAGUGGUCUCAGAUCCUUCAACUCCAGCUACCAGUACGAUUGGUCAAACUCAAAGCCAUGAGCACACGCAUGCAGAUGUGAAAACUGAUCCGACAGUAGUACUGAUGGCCACAAUUACAUCCCUGUUUGUCCUCAUAUCACUGAUCAUCUGUGUGAGUCUUUAUUUCAAAAAGCGAAGGACAAAAAUCAACAACCAAAUGGAUUUGAACUACCGGUUGUCCAUGUAUUAUUCUGAAAUUCCAGGAGCGUUUGAUGCCCCGGUGUAUUCGGUUGUUAAUAGAAGAACAAACAAUGACCACACUUGGUGUGAACAAGAAGCAGCCUAUUCAUGUAUUCCAGAUCACACCUAUAACAGUCCGGUGCUGUGAAAUAAAACUCUUCUUAAUGAUUUUUUAAUUUAAUCUUGUGCAAUAAGCACGCACUGUUUCAUAUAUGAGAAAUGAAUAUGCAUCUUAAUGAAACAUGUAGUAUAAAAUUAUUAUUUUACAUGUGCAGUUAUUAACACUAGAAAGCUGCACUCAUAUCUAUCUCUGCCUGUAAGCUCUCCUGGUCUACAAAAUUCUAAAAGUCAUCUGGUCUAAAGUGGAGAGAAUGAAGGUGCACGUCUCUUUUGAAGGUUUUGUAUACGUUCACAUUUGUCUCCAAAUUCUUUCCCUCUUUUUAAAGCAGUGAAAACUUAAAUACUCCAAGUGUAUCUGUCUACGGACUGCAAGACAGGGGCGUAAGAUGAAGGGGCAUAACUUGUAGUAAGUUAGAUGCUUAACUUGCAGUUAUCGAGAUCCUAUUGAACCAACGAGAUGUUGGCAAGAUGGUCGAAAUACUUACCAGAGAACACUUUCACCAAAUGUAUUUAUGGGUUUUCUCCAAAUGUAUUCACAGCCAAGUCAUUUGAUAUAAUAUUAUAUUCAUUCAUUUAGCAACUCCACUCGCUGACUUCUUAAUCAGUUUUGUCAUGAGUUAGCCUACUCGGCAUCGCCCUCUGUGGUUGCAAAUAACAGUGCAAUGGCGAGCGCAUCAAGUACGAAACCCUCCGCAACUCGCAGCUGUCUAUUAAUAACUAUUAUGAUUGGUUUUAGGUUUAGGGAAGGUGUAGACGUUAAUAACUGUGAUGGUUGGGUUUAGGAAAGGUGUAGGGGUUAAUAAAUGAUGGUUGGGUUUACGGUUGGGGUAGGUGUAGAUGUUAAUAACUGAUAUACAUCUUGCCGACAGCAUAUAUUUUUAAAAUGGCUCCAUAACUUCAAGUUACGCCUCUAACAUAGGCUACUACAAGUUAAGCCCCUAAGGCACCUUCAUGUUAUGCAUCAGUCUUGCAGUCUGCAGACAGACCCUACUCAGACAGACCCCCUUUGACUGAAAAUUAUAGCUAGGAGCCAUACAUUGUUGCAUUUAUUUUCUGAGUUACAUUACUGUAAACAGUGCAAGUGGUUCACCGAGUGCAACCUUCUGGCAUCAUGCACCACACACCUAAAAUAAUGGUGUGUGUUACUUUUAACAUGUCUCCGGCAGAUUUUUAUAAAUGAUUUGAUAUUUCUAUGGAAGUGUUUUUCUUUGGAUUGGGGCGACAUAAUAUAUCAUUUCAGCAUUGAACAGUCAUAUUGCAGGAUCUGCAAUGUGGAGUCAGGAUUAUAGUUAUUAGGAUUACCUGAGGGGUAUUGAUCUAAAGCAAAAUAACAUAUAAUGUACAUUUAGCCUGUUUUAAGAUAAAGUAUGAAGCUGGGAUUUUCAAUCUACCCUGGCUGAAUUUAGUCUUAACACGGCGACAUGAAAGCAGGCAAAAUUAAGUUGGCACAGACACAGAUAUUCAUUCAGAGCAGGCUAACAACCAGGCUACGAAUGACCCAAGUGAUUUAUCUGUUCGUUUUGCUGUCAAUGCUAUACUAGAAUAAACUAGUAUUCGAUUUAAUACAACAACUGCAAUUGGAAAAAAUCAUUUAAUCCCAAUUGCAGUUGUUGUAUUAAAUCGGAUCACAGUUAAGAAUGAUCUGCAGUAAUGUGUAUGGGGUUAAUAUGUUUUUAAUUCAUGUUGCUGUCUUGAUGAGUUUUGCCAUUAUGUGAUUGUUGUAUGUAUGUUACCAGUGUUAAAGAAAAAUUUCCUUACUGUGGCAAGCAGA